AUGGCAACUCUCUCUCACAAACGACCACAGUCAGCACCAGCUCGCGGCCAUCGCAAGUCUGCUUCCGAGUCAGUGGCGAGGAUGUCUGGGGAAGACCCGGCCAAAGUCAGCGGGAGGAUUGACGAAGAAAUCAAGAAGGAUCUGUCGCGUCAGAAGGAGGCUCGAAAGCGGGAAGUGAAAGUCAUGCUCCUCGGGCAAGCGGAGUCCGGAAAGUCAACGCUGCAAAAGCAGUUUCAGUUGUUCUACGCAUCGCGGUCUCUUGACGUUGAGCGUCUUUCUUGGGUGCCAGUGGUUUAUUUCAACAUCAUCAAGGCCAUUCGCAUGAUACUCGCCGAAGUAGAUCACGAAUCCUCACUGCAUAUCCCCAAUGAACCGCUCUCCCUGCCCGAGGUUCAGCAAGAUCUCAACUCCAUACGAAUCCGACUCCUGCCUCUGCUGGCAUUGGAGAGCACUCUUGCCUCGGAACUCAGUGGUGGGAUCACGCUAUCCGGUGGGAGAACGGGAGCCUACGUUCGCUCCGGCUGGCAAGCAUUAGUGGCACCCACCUGGACGAUAGGCCCCGACUUAAAGAAGCCCGAGGCGCCGAACCGGACGCGCGAGGUGACGACGCUCGUCGCUCGCACAUUGACGUUCGCCGUGGACGACAUCGAUACACUCUGGACACACGAAACAAUUAGGUACUACAUCCAACGCCGAACGAUCCGCCUGGACGACUGUGCUGCAUUCUUCCUGGAUAAUAUUCAGCGAAUAGGUGAACCCGAGUACAGUCCAACUAAUGACGAUAUACUCCAUGUCCGGCUACAAACCCUUGGGGUAAUGGAGCAUUCCUUCCCUAUUACGCUGUCAGGAAGGACAUACGAUUGGAAACUGUACGACGUCGGCGGAGCGGUGAGGGUUUUCCCGUACCUCUUCACACUGAUUUAA